CAAACAGGUGAGCUCCCCCUCUCAUUGGCGGCCUGCACCAACCAAUUAGAGGUGGUCUCCUUCCUCAUGGAGAACCAGUACAGGUGUGCUGACAGCCGGGACCACGACUCCCUGGGCAACACGGUGCUUCACGCCCUGGUGAUCAUCGCCGACAACACCGUAGAGAACACAGAGUUCAUCGUGCGGAUGUACGACGAGGUGCUCAUCCGGGACACCAGGCUGGCCCUGAAAGGAGAAGUCUCCCUGGAGGCCAUCGAGAACAAACAUGGCCUGACACCGCUGAAGCUGGCCGCCAAGAUGGGGAAGAUAGGGCUGUUCAGGUAUUUGGUGCAGCGGGAGUUCACAGACGAAGAGACCAAGGGGCUGUCCCGGAAGUUCACUGAUUGGAUCUACGGGCCCAUCCACUCCUCGCUGUACGACAUGACCUCCAUCGACACCAGCGAGGAAAACUCAGUCCUGGAGAUCAUUGUCUUUGGGAAUACCAUCAAGAACCGUCAGGAGAUGCUGCAGGUGGAGCCUCUACGCAGCCUGCUGGAGGAGAAGUGGCAGAGGUUUGCCUCAAGGAUCUUCCUGGUCAACUUCCUGGUAUAUGUGGUGUACCUGGGCAUCUUCACCACUGUAGACCUCUCCAGGAAGGAAGGGCAGCCUCCGUUCCCCGUGGAGAACACCCCUCUGGACUGGUUUCGCUGUAUCGGGGAGCUGGUCAUUGUCCUGGGGGCAGUCUACUUCUUCAUCAAAGGGAUAGUGGACUUCAAGAGGAAACCCCCCCGCAUCAAAUCCAUGUACAAUGAUGGAUUCAAUGAAAUAACCUUCUUCCUGCAGGCCUCACUUCUCCUGGUGUGCACCGUCUUGUACGUGUUCGGGUGGAGGGCGUAUGUGGGCCCCUUGGUACUGUCUCUGGCCCUGGCCUGGAUCAACCUCCUCUACUACUCUCGGGGCUCCAAGGUCCUGGGCAUUUACAACGUCAUGAUACAACGAAUCAUAUUAAGCGACAUAUUUUGCUUUCUAUUUGUCUAUGUGGUCUUUCUCUUUGGAUUUUCUGCCGCGGUGAUGACACUCAUAGAGGAGGACCCCCUCGAUCAAGCACUAAACCGUUCCCAGACGUUAGAGAGCCGAAAACCAACGUUCAACAACAUCCGCUUCACGGCACUGGAGCUGUUCAGGUUCACCAUCGGCAUAGGAGACCUGGAGUUCACGGACCAGAUGGAGUACAUCGAGGUGUUCUACAUCCUGCUCAUCAGCUACAUCAUGCUCACCUACAUCCUGCUGCUCAACAUGCUCAUCGCCCUGAUGAGUGCCACCGUGGAGAGGGUGUCCCGGGAGAGCAAGAGCAUCUGGAGACUGCAGAGGUCUCUGACCAUCCUGGACCUGGAGAGAUCACUGCCCCUCUGCCUGAGGAACAGGCUGCGAUCCGGCGUGAUGAAGACCCUGUGUUUGCCCACCGGAAAUCGGACAUGCUUCAGGUGA